CAGAGACUCAGAGCCUCCCAGCCUCCUCCCCCAGACAUGUCUGCUUAGACCCGAGCAGCCCCAGCAGCCAGCCCCAGCGAGCAGCCGGCUCCGAGCUAUGACAGGAGUUUUUGACAGAAGGGUCCCCAACAUCAGAUCCGGCGACUUCCAGGCUCCCUUUCAGACGGCUGCAGCCAUGCACCACCCGUCUCAGGAAUCUCCAACUUUACCCGAGUCCUCGGCUACGGAUUCCGACUACUACAGUCCCACGGGGGGAGCCCCGCACGGCUACUGCUCGCCUACCUCGGCUUCCUACGGCAAAGCUCUCAAUCCUUACCAGUACCAGUACCACGGCAUGAACGGAUCUGCUGGGAACUAUCCUGUGAAAAUUUGGUUUCAGAAUAAAAGAUCCAAGAUCAAGAAGAUCAUGAAGAACGGGGAAAUGCCUCCGGAGCACAGCCCCAGCUCCAGCGACCCCAUGGCCUGCAACUCUCCACAGUCGCCUGCGGUUUGGGAACCUCAGGGCUCGUCCCGUUCCCUCAGCCAUCAUGCCCACGCACACGCUCACCCUCCAAACUCCAACCCAUCCCCUGCAUCCAGCUACCUGGAGAGCUCCGCUUCAUGGUACCCUGCUGCCAACGCCAUCAACUCCCACCUCCAACCCCACGGCUCCCUACAGCACCCAUUAGCGCUGGCCUCUGGGACAAUUUAUUAGAAUCUGACCUUUAUUAUUAUUAUUUUAUUUUUUUGUUCCUUGGACUCCUGUGUUUUACUGUUAAGGAAUAAUAACGAAAGGAAUGCAUAUGGGGGAUUUUUAAAGGGAAACAAACAAACAAAAAGAUUAAAAUGUGUAAAGCUUGUGCAUGUAACUUAUUGCAUUUCAAAGGAAACCCUUUUUUAUACAGUACGGACUUUUUUGGCUCAGCUGUGGACACUAUCAAUGGUGCCUUGAAAUCUAUGACCUCAACUUUUCCAGAGACUUUUUUCAAUGUUAUUUUAACCCUGUAAAUAAUUGUAGAUAGAGGAAUUAAACUGUAUAUUCUGAAUAAAAUAAAAUUAUUUCGACCA